GCGCGAACUGUCAAUUGUCAAUUGAACUUUUGAUAAAUAAAAUAAUGUGAAUGUGAAAAAAAAAAAAAAAAAAUUAAUAAUUUUGAUUUUGUCAUUAGCUGGUGUUGUUUUAUUAAUUUGUCAUCAAUUAUCUGUCAAAUAAUGGGCCAAACACUAUCUGAACCAGUAACUGCUAAAGACACCACUGUUGUCAGAAGCUCGGUAUUUCGAGUUGGAUCAAGCUGUAUGCAAGGAUGGCGAAUCAACAUGGAAGAUUCGCACACACAUCUACUAUCUAUGCCAGACGAUCCAGAUACAGCUUUUUUUGGGGUUUACGAUGGCCAUGGUGGCGCCAAGAUCUCUGACUUUGCUGGAAAACAUCUACAUAAAUUUAUGGUCAAUAGAGAGGAAUAUAGGGAUGGUAAAAUAGCCGAAGCCCUGAAAAGAGCAUUCCUCGAAUUCGACCAAGCUAUGCUUGAAGAAGAAAGCCUUAAAAAUGAACAAUCAGGAUCAACUGCCGUUGUCGUUGUAGUAAAAGACAAAAAACUUUAUUGUGCAAACAUAGGCGACUCUAGGGCCAUCGGUUGUGCAAAUGGACGUUUAGAAAAAUUAUCCUAUGACCACAAGCCCAACAAUCUAGAAGAAUACGAAAGAAUUACAGACGCAGGAGGUUGGGUGGACUGUAAUAGGGUCAACGGAAAUUUAGCCUUAUCAAGAGCUUUCGGUGAUUAUGUUUUCAAACGGGACUCUAGUAGAACAGCGGAAGAACAAAUUGUCAUAGCUCUUCCUGACGUAAUCGAAAAAGAACUAACACCGGAUUGGGACUUUAUGGUAUUGGCAUGUGAUGGUAUAUGGGAUGUCAUGUCAGAUGAAGACGUGUUGGCAUUUGUGAUUGAAAAAAUCGCUAACGGAUUGGAACCGGAGGAUAUUUGCGAAGGUUUAAUGAUGAGAUGUUUGUCGCCCGAUUGUCACAUGGCCGGAUUGGGGUGCGACAAUAUGACAGUUGUAAUAGUAGUGUUUUUACAUGGUAAACCCUAUCAAGAAGUUAUAGAGAAAUGCAAAAGUUACAUGGACGAUUUAAAGGUAUUAGAAAAAGAACAGGAACCGCCUAGUGUUCCUGUAGCACAAGAAUCGAUAAAGGAUUUGGAGAAAGAAUCAAAUAAUAUUGAGGAAGCAAAUAAGGUUAAAGAAAUAAAUAACAUUGAGGAAGAUACUAAAAUUGAGGAGGCAGCUAAUAAACCUUCGAAAAAUACGUGUCCUGGUAGAUGCCUGUCAAAGCAAAAAGAAUGAGACUAGCAUUUGCGAUUAUUUUAAGCUUUUAUGUUAUAUAAUUUUUGUUGGAUGAUGAUUUUCCUCUGUGAAUAGAAUUUCUCUACACUCAUAGAUUAAAUAAACAUUUGCAGUAUUUCUGGGUUGACAAAAUUUAAUUUCAAUUGUUUUUCACUAGAUUAUUUGAAAUUUGUUUGAGAAAAUUUUACUUGUACCUAUGCAAUCAAUUUCAUUAUCACAUAAUAAUUUAAAACUUGGUUCAAAUUUGUAGGCAUUUUGUGCAGGGCACUAUUUUAUAUUUUGUCACUAGUUGUUUUAUGUUUUUUUUUUUUGUUAUUAUGUCUAUCUACAGGUAACUUAAUUUAGUCGUCAUAAGGAAGCCCAAUCACUGCACUAAAUAAUAUUCGGCAAUGUCUCCAUGGAUGGGGCAGCAGUCGUGUUUUUUUUUUUGGAAAAGCUGGAGGAAGGCAAAAAUUAAUUAUUACAUGAACCAAAGUUUUUCAUCCAUGGACAUAGUUUCUACACUUUACUUUCUAUAGUCAAAUGGUAACAAGCAACUUUACUUGUCACCAGUGUACCUACUGAUCUAAUUCAAUUAAGUAACUGUGAGACUGUCUCAUUAGAUUCUAGCUGUUAUUUUAUAUUUUUUGGUGUUCACUGACUGGGACAUAUUUUUCUUAGAUUGAAACAGUGAUCAUCAUUAUAUUUUAUAUUCUUGUCUGUUAGAACUUAAUGUAUUGUAAUAUAGAUGAUUUUUAAUACAGAUUUGAUUUUUUUUUAAAUUUAACUCUUUCCGUAUGGCGGGUUUUCCGAACAUUUGUGCCCCACAGACGGAGUGUUUGACAUUGCCGCACGAACGGGUGUCGACUAUGUGCGACAUUAAAAUAUUACGUAGUACUUCAGUAUCAGAUAAUCCGUAAUGGCUAUCGUAACUUGUUUUUUAUUUUUUCGCUCUUGGAACAAUCCCCGAGGGACCAGCUACAUUCUCUGAUGACAUCUUGAGCCUUACUGGCUUGAAAAUACAAACAGAUGUCGGAUAUGAUCGACAGUGUCGACUAUAUGUGGCAGUCGCCCUGGACUUGUAAGGUUGCGAGAUGUCGCAUAUGAUCAAUGGUGUCGACUAUAUGUGGCAGCCGCCUGAGCGUUUAGCAUGCGGUGGAGGCAAAUGUUGCGACAGCAGUCUGUAUGCCAGAUCUAAAAAUUGAAUGCGUCGCAUCCUAACCGACAGUCGUCCAGGACACAGAUUACAUGCCGUCAACUAUAUGCAACAGCCGUCUGUGUGGCACAUUUCCUCGGUGUUGCAUAGGCUGCGUCAGCUGUACGGAAAGGGUUAAACAAACAUUCUAUCGACAACUAAAACAUAUCGGAUCCUGUUUGUCUAGCUUUUAUUUUCGCUUCUUCAGGAGUUAGUUUUUCCUCUACAGAUGGUUCAAGCGGAUUACCAUCUUCAUCUAAUUUGCCUGAUUUAAAAUCAUCACAAAUUUUUUUGGCGUAAACUACAUGAAAUAAAUCCUCUGCUGUAAAUUCUGACUGUAUUAUGUCUGGAACGCGAUAUGAAACAUAGGGUUUCAA